AGCAGUGUUCUGCUGAAAUGGUUUGUGUUGGGGGUAAAACACUAUUGGUAACUUCUGAACUUGUCUUAAAUUGCAUUAUUAUUGUGCCUCUGAUUUCACUUCUACUUGCAGCUUUAAUCUUCAUUAGGUCACACAAACAAAAUACUUGCGUGUCACCCCAAGCCCCGUAGCCCAACCCUAAUUUUUUCUGCACCUAUCGGAGAUGAAGAAAGAAGAUACAGUGGAGCUAAUCAGCGCCGAGGGUUUCGAAUUCGUGAUCGAUAAGGAGGCGGCUAUGAUGGGGCCCAAGUUUAUGAAUGAAAAAGGACUAAAUCAUGUUACCUUUUCAACUCCAGAUGGAGCACUGAAGGCUACUCCAGCGAUGGGGAUAGUCGAUGCAAUUGUAGACCUUGUGAGCAGUGGAACAACUUUGGGAGAGAACAAUCUGAAAGAGAUUGCAGGUGGAGUCAUCUUGCAAAUUCAGAUGGGGAUAGUCGAUGCAAUUGUAGACCUUGUGAGCAGUGGAACAACUUUGGGAGAGAACAAUCUGAAAGAGAUUGCAGGUGGAGUCAUCUUGCAAAUUCAGCUGUUGCAACCUGGUGGGCUGAGCAAGGGUCAGAAACACAUCCUUCGUGCAGAGCAAGAAGAAGGUGUAAUAGGCCUGGUGAAGACACAAACCGAGUUUGCUGUCAGAUCUCGAGGAGGAGUAUGGAGAACUGUGGAAACUGGCUGGACUGAACCAGUCAAACAUUCGGAUGAUCUGUCUACAACAACUGUCAAGAAAUUUGAAGACUAUAGCAGAGCUGAAGUCCUUGCUGCUGAAAAUAAUGACAAAGCCUUAAAUGCCAUUUUUGGUGCAGUUGAUGCCACACAAUAUCGUCUCAUCUCAAACUGUAUUAGCGCAAAGGAAGCAUGGGAUAUUCUUGAAGUCACACAUGAAGGUGAUGAAAAGGUCAAAACUGCAAAGUAUCAGAUUCUCAUGACACAAUAUGAAAAUCUGCGAAUGGAUGAGAAAGAAACUAUUGUAGAGUUUCAUGGAAGAGUUCGCGACCUUGCAAAUCAAGCAGCCAGAUUACAGGAGCCAUUUCCAGAAUCAAAACUUGUUCUAAAGGUGCUGAGAUCACUACCAGAGAGGUUUGAUAUGGAUGUCAAAGCAAUCUCUCAAUCACAUGAUGCUAAAAAGAUGACCCUUGAUGCCUUAAUGGGUAAUCUUGAAACCAUCGAAUUAAACAUGAAGGAGGAUAGCAAGAGACGAAAACCAGAGAAGCAAAUUGCCUUCCUGGGAACAGAUCUGGAGAAUGAUAGUGAAGAUGGUUUAGCAUUUGAUGAAGAAUUCCAAGAACAUCUGUCUCUAUUCACAAAGCAGUUCAAAAAGAAGUGGAUUCAAAAGAAGGGAAAGAGUCAAAUUCAAGAAGGACCUUCUAAGACAUCCACCUUCAGGGAGUCACGUUUCAAAGAAGGAAAGCCCUAUGAUAACAGCUCCAAGUACAAAGGACCGCUGUGUUUUGAAUGUGGUGGUCAUGGACAUAUUCAGACUGAAUGCGCAAACAACCUUAAAAAGAAGAGACAAGCAUUUUCAAUAACCUGGAGUGAUGAUGACAGUGACGAAGAUCAGGGUGGUGAGGAAAGCAACUGUGCUUUUAUCUCACAGUCAGAGUCAGAUGAUUUAGUUAAACAACAUAUGGAUCUUCAAGAAAAGUGGACUGAACUGCUUAUGGUUAACAGAAGAAAUAUAGUAGAAAAGAAUCAGCUAGCAUGUGAUCUAAAGGUCUUAAAGCAGAAUCUAGAGAAAGCAGAAGCAAACAAUGCAGAUCUAAAAUUUGAACUGCAAAAACUCAAGGACUACAUUAAGUGGAUGAAGAUAGCCGGAGCUGAAGUACUAGAUUCACAGGAAAUGAUGUUUAAAGCACCAGGAGAUAGACAAGGAAUUGGAUGUGAUAGUCACACCAAAACAGAUGAUCCACUCAAAGAAGACAGUGUGAAAAUAACAAAGAACAUGAGAAACAGCGAUCACUCAGCAGUAAAACCAAUCAAGAGCUACAAUACCAAACGUCAUAGAAGAAACUCUUUGACUUAUCAAAACUACAGAUGCUACUACUGCAGAAGAUGGGGGCAUAUCAAGAGGGCAUGCCAGAGGCUCAAAAACAAAAGAACAAGAACUCAGAAGAUCAAGCAGAUUUGGGUUCCAAAGGAAAGGGUCAUGACACACAUGGUGAGAACGAAGAUUGCUCUACCUCAGAGAUGGACCGGAAAGAGUCCACCAAAAAGUCCACCAAAGAAGAAGAUAUUCAAGAAGCCCUCCUGGACAAAGCUCUUCACCAUGCCUAGCAAAUCAUCAAGCACUCAUACACCCAACAACGAAGAAAGGGAACAUGAUGAACUCCCUACUGAAGAGGAUGUGCUGAAGAACCCCAUUCUUCAGUCAACAGAGGUUCCUCUCUUGAAAUACAUCCCAUCAUCCCUACCAGACAACGAGAGUUCUCAGAACCCUAGCCAAGAAUCAAAAAGGGGGAUGUCUAUGGAAGAUGAAGAAUCGCUGAAGGGGGUGUCUGAGCCUGAGUUUGUGGGUGAAAUACUUGAAGAAGAACCCAUAAUUGCAUGUUCAAAUGUUCCAUUUCAAGAUCCAGAUUCAACAUGCAAAGGAAGAAAAGAGAGGAAGAAAAACCUAUCUGGUCCAAGCCGAUGGUCACUGCGGAAAAUGAAAGAUUCACCGGCUCCUGAUGACAAGUCUGAAGAAGAAAGGAAGGAACAGAAGAAUGUGUCUACUACAAAGGCAAAGAAGGCCAAACUAUCUGGAGAAGCACAGACAAGCGGAACAAGAAAGACGAGAAGCUCCUCUACAUCAAAGGUUGCUGAAUCUGCUACACUCUCAGGAAAGUCAUCUUUGCACAAUUUCAUCUCAAUUUCUGCUAGAUCUCAUUUCACUGAUAUUGCGAAGAAAUUUAUCAUUCCUCAAAGGAACCUGGAUAUAAGUGAUUUUAAAAAGAAAACCAACCUCCUACCUGUUCUUGAGUCCAACAACUUGUUCAAAUCUGUCACCUUGCCUGGAUCUUAUGUCAAGAAAGUGAUUCAAGAGUUUUUCUGCAACUUAUCUGAUGCCUGUAUGACCAAUGAUGACCCCUCAUUUCACAAAGUCUUUGUCAGAGGAAAAUUCUUUGAUUUUUCUCCAACUGUCAUCAACACACUUCUGGGUACAACCUCUUGUUCUGUGGUUUCCCCCAUUGAUGAAGACACCAUUUGGCAUGAUCUUACAAAUGGUGUGAGAAACUCACAACAUGGAAAAUUGAAAGUUCCUUCCUCAGUACUCAAGAGUUCUUAUGCUCUUCUUCUCAAAAUAGCUUCUUAUCACUGGCUUCCAACUACCCACACAAACACAGUGCCUCUCUGUAUGGCCACUCUCAUCUACAGGAUUAAGCACUGCAUACCUUUUGACUUGGGUAAAUUAGUGUUUGAUCAGGUCAUGACCUUUGCAGCUACAAAAUUCAAGACUAAUCAAAAUGGUCUUCCAUAUCCCCUGCUAAUUUACAAUAUCCUGAAUAGUCAGGGAUUCACUAAAGAAGACUGUGAAGAAGAAGAACAGGUUCCACCUUUGCUGCAAGCAGAUAACAGACAUUUUGAAGGCAAGCAUUUCAAUGACAUGGUUACAGCUGGAGCAUCCCCUGCAGCAAUACCAAAUCCAGCCUCAGUAGACAACUAGCUCAGUUUUCUUGAUAAGGAGAUCAAAUCCCUCCAAAUGGAUGCAGAUUAUCAUCAUGAAAUUGCUCAAAGAUCCACUGAAAGAAUGAAUGUGCUCAUUCAGAUUGCACACACCCUGAGGCAAACAAGGCAUGCACAGACGGUGGGGAGGUCCAAAGGGACUUACUACUGCACUCAUUCGUAAUAAUGAUCAGGGGCGGAUCAUUUUCGAGAGGGGAUAUGCUAGAGGCUCUAGCCCCCCAGCUCCUAGAAGGAGUCUUAGGCUUGCAAGGCGACGUCGUCUUCCUUCUCCAAGUCGAUCAGAGAUUUCUUUGGAAUCGGAAGACCAAUGGAGGUUUUGAGCUUCUGAUUAUUGUGUUAAGGGGAGCUAUCUUGCUUUUAUCUCUUUGUUGGCAUCUUCAUUGGUGGUAGUCCUAUUGUUUAAUCUAUCUUUGAGGAGGUAUACGUGCUAGGGACAGCAGAACAUGGUAUUGCACACUCCGUAUUACUCAUUCAAAAAUCUUUUCAAUGUUGGAAGUUGCAACUUGUUUGUGAAGUAUUUGGACCUUCUAUCCAAGCAAACCAAGGUGUCCUAUUGUGCUCACUUUGAACCUGGAAUGGUUGUGGCAUC